AUGGGUUUGUUUGUGCUAAUAUCAAAAGAUACGAGCCUCCAGUUGAUGGAAGAAUGGAACGCGGCGAGGAGGAGAGCAGAUAGCUUGGAGUCGAAGAGCAAGAAGGAUGGAAAAAAGAUGAAAGAAGUCAUCACCAACAGAUACCAGAGAUUGUACGAGGCAGAGGAGAUAGAGAACGAGCAAGAGAGGAAGCUACUGAAGGACACUCACCGCAUACGUGUCCAGGCGCUACUCAAUCAGCAGAAACAGGGCGUCUACAGCAAGCUCCUCCAAGCCAUCAACGAUCCCAAACCUAAGCGCAAAGACAUAGCAAAGACCCUGCAACACUACAUCAAACUUCUACACAAGGAGAGGUUGCAGACACUCAACGGUUACAAACAGCAGGUGAAAGAUGACCCAUCACUGACCAAGCAAGCCGCUAUCCAGGCCUCAGUGUCUCUCGUGUCGCAGAACAAUCAGUUGCACGAGGCGGUUGCUCUACUAGACAAGGUCUCCAACUCAGUCAGCAAGGCCUUCCUGUCUGUGGACGUUAAAGAAAUCAGAAAAAUUAGUGUUGAGAACAUGAAUGGAAACAUUAAUAAAGAAAAAUUGGCCGACAAGAAGGGUGAUGACGAAGACGACGACGACGAUGAUGACGAUAAUGAUGAUGAUGAUGAUCAGAGUGAAGAAGAUGAUGAUGAAGAAGACGAUGAAGAUUUCGAAAGUAACAAGAGGGAUGACGAUGAUGAUGAUGAAGAUGAGGAGGAGGAUGAUUACGACGAGGCGGAAAAUGAUGACGACGACGAUGAAGAAGAAGAUGAUGUCAAAGAUGAUGGUGAUGACGAUAAUGAUGAUGAUUCAUUAUCAGAUGAUGACGACGAUGAAGGAGAUGUCAAAGAUGAUGAUGAUAAUGAUGAUGAUGAUUCAUUAUCAGAUGAUGACGACGAUGAUAGCAAGUUAUCAAAUAGAGAUAUCACUGAUGAAGAGAGCAACGAGGACGAUGAGAAUCCCAGCAAAGAUAAGAAAAGCAAGGAUGAUGAUGAAGAAGACGAUGAUGAUGAUAAAAUGAUGAUGAUGAGUGACGAACCUCGCAGAAGAGACAACGAGGAGUCAGACUCUUCGGACAGUGAGGAUUCGAAGAGCAAAGAUAAAAGCUUCGAUAGUGACGACAGUGACUCAGAAAAUGGAUUCAAAAAAGUGGAUCUAGACGAGGGCCCAGCCACAAAUCCACCAUUCAGCGCGGACCCCUUAAAACAAAAACCCGUCGACCAAGUGGUUACUACCACCACCACCACCACCACAACCGGCCCGACUACAAGAUGGGCUGCAGCUUCUGACAUCAAUCAAAUACUGGACGAUAUCGUCAGUGAUAGCGUGAUGCACAAUGACGAAGGCAAGAGUGCGGCGAGUGAUGAUGCUGAUGAUGAUGAUAGCGUUGAUGGCGACGAUGAUGAUGACGACGAUGAUGGUGAAGAUGCAUCGAUUGAGAGAGAGUACAACCAGGGGCUCGGAGCUGAUUAUUUGAAGAAGGAUACUAUUGGCGUCGAACAGGGAUCUGGCUACAACCCGAACUUCGGGGCCGCCAUUCCUCUAGGGGUGGCCGUGGGUACCCUCACAGUGGCCAUUGUCAUCGUCGUUGGCGUCCUCAUCAUGCGUCGCCGUGGCAACGGCUUCUAUAGCAACAACGGCAGGAUGGAAGGGGAGAGAGCAGAAAAUGAUGCUCUGAAUGUCAGUCCGGAAGAACAACACGUUGCCAGCAUGCAGGUCAAUGGUUACGAGAAUCCAACCUACAAGUACUUCGAGCGCUACCAGCAACCGGCCAAGGCUUAA